CUUUUUUAUCUUCGUACUGAAAAAUCUACUUUUUGGGUCUCCAAAACAGACCACUGUGAACAGUCACCGUCCUGCUUUACGGCAUGUUUUCCAACAAAAUAGUCACCGAACACACGCAUCUCACAAUUCUCAUCAUCGACAUGGCUCUCUUUAACAGACGGUGCCUCGAAUCCCCACUCCACGACCAAUCCCGCGGACUAAAUCUACAUGGCUGAACCAUGGCGUCGACAACUGGCUAAGCAUACCACCACUUUGCCACUUCCGCAUUCUCAUCUCUUCAGGUAGUCCUCGCGACUGGCUUCUCCGCCCUCCAAAGGAAGAAAGCACAAAUGUUGACAACCUUGAGCGCCGCAGCCGUCCACAGUGCGCCGGCCAGUCCGACGGAACUAUGAGCCCAUAGUCCCCCGAAGAUAGCGCCGGCCAACAACAGCAGCGGUGCGGCGGCCCUUCGGUUCCUCUCGACGUUUUGCGUGAGUCCUGCCAUCAACAAAGGAUCCGAGAACAAGUCGCAAUAGAUGCUCGUCAGGACAACACUCGUGAGACUGUUGUACUGCAGCGCGCGACUGACCACAGCUUGACCGCUGCUCUGGAAUGCCACGAAUGCCAACGGCACCAGAACCUCCCACCGCAACUCGUUCUCGGACCCUUGAUCGAUCGUGACCACGACGCCCGCGACGACGACCAGGAGCAACUGGAACCCAAACGAAGCCAUGAGCACCCAGCGCUUCUUGGGGGAGAAGAAGCGAUGGAAGCGGGCAAAACAAAACGACCCGGCACAGAACGAGGCGAUGGAGAGGAGCGACCUGAUCCAUCUCGUGCCCUUGGUCGGCUCGAUCAACCCGAGGCCCGUGUAGACGGUGUUGCCGGUCUGCAUACUGACAAAGGAACCCCAGAUGAAGACGGCCGAGCUGUCGAGCAGACCGGUGAUGACGUACGAGAGCAACAACAAGAGAUCAGCCCAUCGCUUGUCAAUGUCUUCGGUGAGAUACUCGGUCAACGGCACGACGCCAUGGGAUCCGCGAACCUUGCCGUGUAGAAGGGGCUGCUCUUCAUUGUCCGACGAAGAUACUUGGUUGGGUCCAGAGCGAGCAUCUCCAGAUGACCCGUUGAGAGUGCCGUAUCCGUUGGCGGGAGCCGAGGUCAUGGUGGUGGACGGCUGGACUGAUAGUGCGUCUUGUCGCCGUGGUCCUUAUGGCCUGACUUGGAAGUACAAUCCUCGUGAUCAAGUGACUCGAAUCGAAUUGAGAUGAUCGUGGUUUGUAGCGAGGAAGUGUGACGAGGGAACGGAAAAUCCUAGUAGACCAAAGAAGUGGCGCUUGGCGCGAAGCAGGAAGGCGUAAGUCGGGUCGAGGUACGAGAGUAGGCGAGAAGGGAGAAGAGAGGAGAGAAGAUUCGGCAAGCAAGAGAGAGAGAGAGAGAAAUGGACGAGAUAAACAAUCUGCCGGAUGGGAUUCUUUAUGUUGUAACGAGGGAGAUUGACAACAAUAAUGCUGAUAGUUGUGACGAAGGGAUUGAACGGUUUGGGGUGACUCUGUUUCUUUCCCCGGUCGAUCUCAGAACCCCCGCAUAAUCGUUUAUCCGGGAGACAUCAUGACGUCCGCCCCCAGUACAUUUUACAUAUAAUACGGAGCACUACCUGGGUAUCUCUCACCCACAACCCUGAACCAUUUACCCCGGCCCUUUUUACAUUUUUGUUUCUUGUGCCUUGCUUCUUAUCUGAAAAGGAUACACGAGGACAAAGAAGGUAUACUAAGAUGAAGUUCUCUUCGUGGUCACUCUCACUGCUCCUGGCGGGCACCACUACCAUUGCAGCCCCGACCAUAGACUGGACGACUUCACACCUACAACGACCCAUUGAAGACAACACAAAAAGCGGCAAGAACCCGUACACCCCAGGCAACAAAGACCCGUUCGACCACAAGGUCGACUCGUGGGCCGAGAAGCUUCAGCCUCUGCCAUGGCGAAACGGACAAGGUGCCACCAUGAUGGGUCCCCGCAACAAGGACCGAGAGAGGCAGAACCCGGACAUGCUUCGACCCCCCAGCACCGACCACGGUAGUCUGCCCAACAUGAGGUGGAGUUUUGCAGACUCGCACAUUAGAAUCGAGGAAGGUGGAUGGACCCGACAGACCACGGUUCGCGAACUGGGUUCGUCGGUCGAGAUCGCCGGUGUCAACAUGCGUCUGGACCACGGCGUCAUUCGUGAACUUCACUGGCACAAGCAAGCCGAAUGGGCCUACGUUUUGGAAGGGAGUGUCCGAGUCACGGCCCUCGACACCGAGGGUGGUCAAUUCAUCGACGACCUCCAAAAGGGUGACUUGUGGUAUUUCCCGUCCGGUCAUCCCCAUUCCCUGCAAGGCCUGAGUCCCAACGGUACCGAGUUUCUGUUGGUCUUUGACGAUGGGAACUUUGACGAGGAAUCCACAUUUUUAUUGACGGAUUGGUUGAUCCACACGCCCAAAUCCGUCCUGGCCGAGAACUUCCGCCUGGCGCCGGAGGUGUUCAAGGCGAUCCCCAAGUCCGAAAAGUACAUCUUCCAGGGGUCCAUCCCGGGGUCGAUCGAGGACGAGGAACCGAGGGGCGCCAACGUCAAGAAGUCCCGACUCCAGUUCACCCACAAGAUGCUGGACCAGGAACCCCUCAACACCACCGGCGGGCUCGUCAGGAUCACCGACUCGACCAACUUCCCCAUCAGCAAGACCAUCGCCGCCGCCCACCUCGACAUCGGCCCGGGGUCCAUGCGGGAGAUGCACUGGCACCCCAACGCCGACGAGUGGUCCUUCUUCAUCUCGGGUCGGGCCCGGGUCACCGUCUUCGCCGCCGACGGGACCGCCCGCACGUUCGACUUCGUGGCCGGCGACGUCGGGGUCAUCCCCCGCAACAUGGGCCACUUCAUCGAGAACCUCAGCGACGACGAGCCCGUCGAGGUGCUCGAGAUCUUCAAGGCCGACAAGUUCCAAGACUUCUCGUUGUUCCAGUGGAUGGGUGAAACCCCCAGGCGGAUGGUGGCCGAUCAUAUCUUCGCCGACGACCCGGUGGCGGCCAAGAAGUUCCUCGACGCCGUCGACAAUCCGGUCGAAGAUCCCAUCCGAUCCGUGCCUCACGUAGGGAAGACCGGUAUGGAUUGAGUGAGUGAGUGGGUGGCCAGAAGUGAUAAUUGGAAAAAAAAAGGUCUCCAAGAACGGAGCUUUUUUCCCCUUUCCAGAAAAUGUAAAAAAUAAAAACGGACACGCACACACAGCCACAUUAGAAAGUAAGCAGCUGCUCUCCGUCGUACGAAGGGGCCCGUGGCUUGUCUCUCAGAAAGAUCCAUCCUUUGGGAGUAUUCCGUAAGAGUAAACCCCCUGUCCGGCAGAACGUUUAACCCCACUAAAUUUGUAGAUUUUGGUGCGGACUACGGAGUAAGGUAUGAGGGUUCAGUUACGGAGUAAAGGAGUAAUGAUUGUACACUAUGUACUCCGUAAUUUAUACUGUACAUACUUCUGCGUCGAAACUGAGCCUCCGAAUAAGAAACACUUUGCCCGUUGGGGACUCCGAAUUCGGUACUCGUAGUCAUACUCAUAGUCAGAGGUGUUAUCCGCCGGGAUAUACGGAGUACUAGUAAACGCCCUCAAAGAUACCUAGUGAUCAAUGUAUAUCCUUCCCUCAUAUGCACC